UAAGUAUCAAGCUCACUACUACUGCGAACACCCACGGAUACUAUUCAUUGCCAAUACGACCCUUCUCGAAUACCAAUACACAGGUGACUUGUGCAGUCUGAUAGUAGUGAUACAGCUUGCAAAACGCGCUAGCACCGUUCCUGCAUUAGCGCAGGUGAAGCUCUCCGCGCUCCACAACAGCUACCUGAGCUCACCAACAGCUACCUGAGCCCACCAACAGCUCCACCUUCGUUCCGCCUUUACUUUCUGUCGCACACACAACCGCUAUGGCGGAUUCCGAGCAGCACACCCCUAUUGAGGGCACACCCGCCGCUGAUGUCGAGAUGGGCGAGGAAGUCGCGCCUGACGCGGGCCCCGGUGAGGAGGAGACGGGCAUUACGGAGCUUGAGCCUGAGACGCCUAAGCUGGUGCUGUUCGCUGAUUUGGUGAAGAGCCCAACCGUCGAGGUGCUCGUAGGCAGCGGAGAAGCAAAGACGACCUACUCUGCACACGAGGCAGUCAUUCUCAAGUCGCCAGAGUUUGCCAAGCAGGUCGAGAACUUUGCGCCGGGAGGUCCUCGCCAGAUCGUCUUUGUUGACUGCGAUGUCGACGCGAUGGGCUCCGUAAUCGAAUACCUCUACACAGGCGAAUACUUCCCCAAGAAGACUUCAUCCGCGCGCGACGCCCCUCUCGAGAAAGACCCCCGCCAACCCGUCCCCGACGACGACGGCUCAGGCCUCCUUGUCCACGCCCGCGUCUACACACUAGCCGAGCACCUCGGCCUCCCCGAACUCAAGUCCCUCGCACACUCCAAGAUCCACCGCACAGCGUCCACCGCCAAGGGCGAGCUCGCAUACGCGCGCUUCGUGUACAAAGAGUCCAACCCGGACGACCAGACAAUUCGCAAGCCCGUGGCCGCUUUCUGGGCGACAAGAAGUUACAGCCUGCGCCACGAUGCGGAGCCGGAGUUCAAGGCUAUGUGUCUCGAGUUCCCGCAGUUCUCGUACGACGUGCUGCAGUUGGUGCUUGAUCAGCAGGAGAAGAGCAGAGGCAGGGGCGGGGAUGAUGGGCUGGGCCGUGACGGGCCGGGGCGUGGUGGGCCCAGUGUGAUUCCGGGGAGCAGCAGGAAGAGGGCUAGAGUGAGUCAGAUCUAGAUGCAAUUGGCAUGUUGCAUUGUCUGAUCUGGAAUUUGCUCAUGCUCCCGUCAGUAAACAUUUCGCUUGGACUCUGGAAGCACCUGACUAAUUUUAUAUACAGCUUGAGCCCCGUGUCAAGGUGCACGUUUCUGAGACGCCCAGUGGGGUCUGAAGCGGCCGUACACGCCUGGCAUCAGCUUCAACGGCGCG